GUCUCUACAACAACUGAUGGCCUGGAUGCUGACCUAUGGAAAGAUGGCCUUUUCAAAUCCAAGGUGACCCGUUACCUCUGUUUCACCAGGGUCUUCUCUAAAGAAAAUAGCCAUUUAGGCAAUGUUCUUGUGGAUAUGAAGCUGAUAGACAUAAAAGACACUCUGCCUGUGGGUUUCAUCCCGAUCCAGGAGACCGUUGACACUCAGGAGCAGGCUUUCAGGAAGAGGCGACUCUGCAUCAAGUUUAUUCCACGGGACUCCACAGAGGCAGCUAUCUGUGACAUCCGCAUCCUGGGACGCUCCAAGCAGGCCCCCCCCCAGUACACUUUCAUAGGGUGAAUAUCUUGGGAUUACAUUUUAGUUUUGGUG